AUGGUUCGCUCCCUGUCCUUGCUUCUGUCGAGUGCAGUGGUCCUGCUGGGCCUCGCCGAGCCAUCAUCGAAGCUCCCUGUCAUCUUCUUCCACGGAGUCUUCACGACGUGGGAGUUCGGCCACAACUUCGAGGCGAAUCUGACCGCUGAAGGCCGAGAGUACGUGGCGCUGUCAUUUUGUGACGGUCAGUGCUCCAUCGAGUCGCUCCUGACGCAAGUUCCUGCGGCCGUGAAGGCUGUGCGCGAAGUUGUGGCGACCAAUCCGGCCUUCGACGACGGCUACAUCAUCAUCGGCCACUCGCUCGGUGGUCCUAUCGCCCGAGCCACGAUCGAGGAAAUGGACGACCACAAGGCCAAGCGCUUCAUCAGUCUCGCCGGCCUCCAGAACGGCCAGUUCAUCGGCCCCCACGCCAUCGACAUCGCCAUUGAAAAAGGUGCUCCCUCUCUGACCAGUAUCGUCCCGGAGCGGGUGUUCAACUACUCCGCGUACACACCGGAAGACUACUACGGCAAGAUGCAGAAGGACUUCACCCUCUUCUCGAUCGAAAACCCGGACACGCAGUACGAGUACGCGCAGUUCAACGUCCAGCGCUGGCCGCAGUUCGGCAGUUGGUCCACCACGAACAAGUUCUUGCCCGUGUACAACAACGUGAACCCGUGCCUUCCGGGCAACGACCAGUGCAUCAGCGACCAGCAGCGCCGUCGGGCCAACUUCCUCAAGCUGGAGGAGGCGCACUUCUUCGCCUCGCCAGUUGACGACGCCAUCAUGCCGUGGGAGAGCUGCAUCUUCGGUCGCUACUCCGAGGUGGACACAAUCGACGAGAUCGAGACGAGCUUCAUGAACAUGACCGCUGUCAACAUGACUGAGACGCUGGAGUACCAAGAGGACGGCGCACGAUGGAUGAGCGCGGAGGACUCUUCCUGCACGUCGCUCCCAAUGUCACUCACAGCUGCUGGUGCCUCGACGAGAAGUACUGCAAAUGGGCACCCGUGUACGACGAGUACAUCUACCCGGCCCUGA